CCCCUUCUCUUUGCAUCCAUCCAUUAGAUCUUUGAGUAAGUUGAUCUCUUUCUCUAUCCUAUUCAUCCAUCCAUGAACAACAACGAUACACAAACCUUUGAUACAAAAAAACAGAAAAAAAAUCGAGUUGACCAACAUGGACCAAAUGGAAUAGAUGAUGACAGCAGACAUGUUAACUCUUUUUUUUUUUAGUUUAAAAUGGUCACUCCUGCUGUCAAGCACACCAUCGUCAAGAAGCGCACUGCUAACUUCAAGCGUCACCAAUCUAACCGCUUCAUGCGUGUCGGUGAAUCUUGGAGAAAGCCUAAGGGUAUCGAUUGUAACAUGCGUAGACGUUUCAAGGGUCAAGCUCCUAUGCCCAAGAUUGGUUACGGUUCCGCCAAGAAGACUCGUAACUUGUUGCCCAACGGUUUCCGCAAGUUCGUUGUCUCCAACGUCCGUGAACUCAACUUGUUGUUGAUGCACAACCGUACUUACGCUGCCGAAAUUGCCCACAACGUUUCUUCCAAGAAGCGUGUUGCUCUUUUGGAACGUGCUGCUCAAUUGAACGUCAAGGUCAUCAAUGCUGGUGCUCGUCUCAGAUCUCAAGAAUAAAGUGCUUUGUUGUUGUUUUUUAUUUUUAUUAUUAAAGUGCAUACAGGACAUUGAAAUCCAGAAUAGUUCUGUAGUCGUCGCCAACAUACAGAUGGGAAGUAAAAUAGAUAGGAGCCAUCAACAAUACUUGAUGUGUGGUAUACCAUAGGAUAUAGACAUGUUUCGUCUAAUGUGUGUUGCAUGCGUGCUUUCAAUCAUAGUUUACACCAAAGUCAAUUAUUCUCGACAUGACUUUGACUUUUGAAUCGAAUACAGUCCGGACAAUGUUGUCAGUAAAUCGAUCUAGUUCGAGUACUCGGUUAUUUAUCAUGCCUCUUUCGAUCACUUGAAGAAAAUAG